AUGCAUGAAAUGAUCGGCAACGGAACCGGUAAUAACAGCAGUAAUCAUUUUACUGCCACUCAGGUAACAUUUCUAUGUCAGGUAUGCAAUGAACUUGCUAGAGGUUAUCACUUUGGAGCAUUUACCUGUGAAGGAUGUAAGUCAUUUUUUGGACGAACUUGCAAGCCAUCAAAAGGGACAGGUAAUAUUGAUGGAAGUAAUGACAGCAAUACCUUAAGUACAAGAAUAAAAUUAUUCUGCAAAAAUGGCGGAAAAUGCAAUGUACAGGGACGGAAUCGAACAUCAUGUAAACUAUGUCGUUUCAAUAAAUGUAUCGAAGUUGGAAUGGCACCACAAAAUUCACGUUAUGGUCGUCGUUCAAAAUAUUUCAAAGUUUCAUCAUUGCUAAAAGCUCAAGAACGAGCUCGUUUUUGCAGAGACUAUCAAUCAGCUGGCCUAUUAAAUUCACCAACUCAACUUAUCAAACCAAUAGUACCACCAGCACCAGUUUGGGCCUUUCCUAUUUGGCUAUCCACUAAUAUUUUCAACACUCGAGAUGUCUUAGUGAUUAAUAAUGCUUACAAUCAAAAAGAUUUAAGUAAUUUUAUUCAAUCAUAUCCUCAAACAGAACCAUUAGAUUUAUCAAUCAAAAAAUGA